CUGCUGCUAUAGUAACUAAUCCAAUUUUAAUAUCCGUCCACAGCCUUUGCACACGAGGGCGUGCGGGCUUGGGGCAGCGGCACCAGCCCGAAAAGCACAGAUUCCCCGACUGGCAGGCAGCCCAAAUUUCUAAGCCCACAACCACGAAAUACCUGUAGCUGCCGCCGGGCGCUGGACAGAAGUUAAGGCGCCCAGGCGCCCAGGAGGCACCCGCGGGCGGAAGGACCCGCGCAGCGAAAGGAGAAGGAAGAGGUUCGCCGCGCGGAAUCCGGGUGCGCGUAAAUACGCGCGGCGGCUCCGGACGUGCAGGCUCGGAAGUUCGCGGUCCCGCGCCUCCCGCACGCCCGUCUGUAACGAGGAGGGAGGCGGAACCGCAGGUGUGCGCCGCGGCUGGGGCGUGCGGGGCGCGCGGGCACGUGGUGCGGGGCCGCGCGGCCGCGGAGGCGAGAGAGGCCGAGGCCCCACGGCGAGCGGCGGCGCCCGACAGGCGACCCGGGCGGAUCCGGGCUUCUCUGCGUGCCUGGUGCUGUUGUUAAUCAUCCUGCAAGAAUCCGUUUAAUUCUCGACAACCUAUGAAAUAAGGCUGUUAUUGACAAGAGUGAACACUGAAGCGCAGAGAAGACUGUUUCAAGCAGCUCAAUGGCCUCCCCAAAGAAGAAACUUCAAGGUCUUGUUGCUGCAACCAUCACACCGAUGACUGAGCAUGGAGAAAUCAACUUUUCAGUCAUUGGUCGGUAUGUGGACUAUCUUGUGGAAGAACAGGGAGUGAAGAAUAUUUUUGUGAAUGGCACAACGGGAGAAGGCCUGUCCCUGAGCGUCUCAGAGCGACGCCAGGUCGCAGAGGAAUGGAUAACGAAAGGGCGGAACAAAUUGGAUCAGGUAGUAAUUCACGUAGGAGCAUUGAGCUUGAAGGAGUCACAAGAACUGGCCCGCCAUGCAGCAGAAAUAGGAGCCGAUGGCAUCGCUGUCAUCGCACCUUUCUUUCUCAAGCCAUGGAACAAAGAUGUCUUGAUUAAUUUCCUAAAGGAGGUGGCUGCUGCCGCCCCGGCAUUGCCAUUUUAUUACUAUCACAUUCCCGCCUUGACAGGGGUGAAGAUUCGUGCAGAGGAAUUGUUGGAUGGGAUUCAGGAGAAGAUCCCCACCUUCCAAGGGCUGAAGUUCAGUGACACAGAUCUCUUAGACUUCGGGCAGUGUGUGGAUCAGAAUCGCGAGCAGCAGUUUGCUUUCCUUUUUGGGGUGGAUGAGCAACUACUGAGUGCCCUGGUGAUGGGAGCUACUGGAGCGGUGGGCAGUACCUAUAACUACCUGGGAAAAAAGACAAACCAGAUGUUGGAGGCUUUUGAACAAAAGGACUUCUCUUCAGCCCUGAACCAUCAGUUUUGUAUUCAGAGAUUUAUCAACUUUGUGCUCAAACUUGGUUUCGGAGUGUCACAGACAAAAGCCAUCAUGACUCUGGUCUCUGGGAUUCCAAUGGGCCCACCCCGGCCUCCCCUGCAGAGAGCUUCCAGGGCGUUUAUCAAUGAAGCCAAAGCUAGGCUGGAGAGCCUGGAUUUCCUUUCUUCCCCGGAUUUAAAGGAUGGAAACCUGGAAUCCUGUAUCUAGUGCCUUUCUAUCAAAUCAGAAUAUGUACCUUGAACUCUGCAUUCAUUUCUCAAGGACUUUUUAAAUGAACUUGAACUAAACACUUUUCUAGCAAAUAAAAAUCUCACCUCAAUCAACAA